AUGUAUUUACCGGCGCUCGCUAGAACCGGAGACGUUCCGAAAUUCAUGAAGCCUAUGAUCGCUAAGAUGGACCUAUUCCGCACCUUCUAUGUAACGCAUCGCCUGUAUUACUUCUGGUUCUCUAUACUCCUUAUUCAUUCACCAAAUUUCUGGAAGUUCCGGGCUGUACCUGGCACCAUCUGGUUCCUAUCUAAGUUCCUCCACUUUGUGCAAUUCCGCUUGCUAUCCGGCGCGACUGAAUUCGGCGCCAGGCUCGAGGCUCUACCGGACAAGGUAACCAAGGUAACCAUACCAUACAAGGCCGCUCACAGCAAGCUCACGGCUGGUAGCUACGUACGCAUCAUGCUGCCGGAUAUUGCUGUGCACGAAUUUCACCCCUUCUCUGUAGCCAGCUCCGGUACUCGUGAAGAGCUUGUAUUGUACUGUAAGGCGGUCGGACCAUGGACGAAGAAGCUCUUGUCUCUCGCCCAGGAGCGCCAGUACACAGGUGUACUACCGUCCGACUUUGCGGUAUAUUUACCCAUGCCACCAUUGGCGGCUACCGGUAUAUCAGGGGGAGGCAAACCUAACUACAACCAGAGCGUUAGUGUCGGCAAUCAGGAUUCGUGCAGAAACCUGGGUGGCGCCUUGACGUCUGAUGUGAAUAUGUCCCCGAGCCUGCGGAAGUGUGUGGUGGUGGGCCCAUUCGGAGCGCCUGCUGCGAGUAUGUUCCAUGUGAAGCGUGCGGUGGUAAUGGCCGGUGGGAUUGGUGUCACACCCUUUGCGGCACUGUUGGAUACCCUGCUGGAUAUAUCAGAGCAUCCCGAGAAGAAACCAAGAAACUUUGCACUAGAACGUGUACACUUUGUGUGGACCGUUCGUAACAUGGAAUCACUCUCCUGGAUCGAAGACCUCAUCAACCAGGUCGAGCUGCGACGUGCUAAGGAUACGGAGCUAAGACAGAUGCUGCAGCUGCACAUAUACGUGACGUCCAAGAAAUCAGCCGAGAACAUUGGGGCUCAAUUCUUGCAGCUUUUGCGUAUGGGCGAGGAUGGCUACGACGCUAUCUCGGGGUUGAGGCAUGCAGUAGAGUUUGGACGGCCCGAUAUAGAUGGGUUGCUCGGCGAAAUUGGUUCUGAGAGCAAGCACAUGCCUACUGUGUUUUUCUGUGGGCCUCCUUUCCUGGGGAAGACUAUUGGGAAGGUGGCAGCUAAAUACAAAAUGAGGUUUGCCGAAGAGCACUUCUAA